AUGAAUAAUCCAAUAAUAAAUACCCUGAAGCUUUACAUACUUUAUUAGCAAUGUUACAAACAACUCCCCUACUAAAUAUUUUAAAUCAUAUCCAUAAACCUUGAUUUUAUUAGUAUAAAGACAAUCUUAUUUAUCAAUAUACACAAAUUAGUAUUAAAUAAAUGUCUUGCUUUUCAAUAUCCAAGAUUUAAUUUUAAAAACAAAAUAAUUUUAUUUAAAAUUAAAUUUUGGAUAUUAUAUAUAUAUAUAUAACAUCACAAACAAACUUCACAUUUUAAUUUUUUAAAAAUAAAUAACUAACUAUCUAUGAUAUUUAUUAGCAUUAAUAGAUAAUGCUGA